UGAUUUUUCUCUCAAUUUGAUAACAAUGGAUCUCUCGCAUUUGCUUGCAGAAUCAAUUCCCUUGUCUGAGUAUUCCGUAUUCUCGGCAUUAUUGGAGCAGGGCAACCAACCUUUGAAGUUUAGGAACGCUAUCGUUUCCGAGGAGUAGGAUGAGAGAGAGAGAGCAACAACGCGAGUCCUUGAGUUGAAGAUAAGAAACCUCUCUCUAUGAAGUCGAAGCUAUGCCAUAUUCUUGUGUAAUCCUUCAAGACAGGUAGUUUCUGAAUACCAAAUCCAAUCUCCUGCUUCAUAUUUGAUCAGUUUAGAAUUAUGGGGAUAAAGGGAUUAGCUUCAUCUCCCAAGCAAGAUCCGAUAUUUAAGCAUAACUCGAUUGACUGAAUAAACUUUGGUGGUUCAAAGUUUGGAUUUUUCUCUCUAUCGCUCUCUUCCCCGUCUGUGGAUGGGUGAAGAGGGAAUGGUAAGUGAUGCCAAGAACACUGCAGUGAAACCAAAUCCAAAACUAACGGUGCUGCCUCUUAUAGCUCUAAUCUUCUAUGAGGUUUGGGGUCCUUUUGGAGUAGAGGAUUCAGUCAGGGCUGGAGGAGGCCCUCUUCUUUCUUUGCUUGGUUUCUUGAUAUUCCCUUUGGUCUGGAGCAUUCCUGAAGCUUUAGUGACGGCUGAGCUUGCCACGAGCUUCCCUGAAAAUGGUGGAUACGUUAUUUGGAUAUCUUCAGCUUUUGGGCCUUUCUGGGGAUUCCAGGAAGGAUUCUGGAAAUGGUUCAGUGGUGUUAUGGACAAUGCCCUUUACCCGGUUUUGUUCCUCGAUUACUUGAAGCAUUCUUUUCCGAUCUUCAGCCGGUUGGUUGCACGAAUUCCAGCUUUAUUAGGAAUUACCGUUUCAUUGACUUAUUUGAAUUAUCGAGGCCUGCACAUUGUUGGGUUUUCAGCAGUUACCCUUGCGGCUUUCUCACUUUUCCCAUUUCUAGUGAUGGGUAUCCUUUCAAUUCCCCGAAUAAGGCCUAAGCAGUGGCUUGUUGUGGAUUUUAAGAAGGUGAAUUGGAGGGGAUAUUUCAAUAGUAUGUUUUGGAAUUUGAAUUAUUGGGAUAAGGCAAGUACUCUUGCGGGUGAGGUUGAAAAUCCGAGCAAGACAUUUCCAAAGGCACUUUUUGGGGCUGUGGUUUUGGUGGUUUUAUCAUAUUUGAUUCCACUACUUGCAGGAACAGGUGCCAUAAAGUCUGCACCUAGUGAGUGGAGUGAUGGUUAUUUUGCGGAAGUGGGGAUGUUGAUAGGUGGCUAUUGGCUCAAGUGGUGGAUCCAAGCAGCUGCUGCAAUGUCCAACAUGGGGUUGUUUGAAGCAGAAAUGAGUGGCGAUGCCUUUCAACUCCUUGGGAUGAGCGAGAUGGGCAUGCUUCCAGCUAUAUUUGCUUCAAGGUCGAAGUAUGGGACACCCACAAUUAGCAUUUUGUGCUCUGCUACUGGAGUUAUCUUCCUGUCGUGGAUGAGUUUUCAGGAAAUCUUGGAAUUUCUUAAUUUCUUGUAUGCUAUAGGAAUGCUUCUUGAGUUUGCUGCUUUUAUAAAAUUGAGAAUUAAGAAGCCAGAUCUUCACAGACCUUAUAAAGUUCCUUUGCAAACAUUCGGGGUGACAAUGCUUUGCUUGCCUCCAGCAUUAAUGCUUGUUCUUGUUAUGUGCUUGGCUUCUGCGAAAACAUUCUUGGUCAGUGGUGUGGUGAUGAUCACAGGGUUUUUACUGUAUCCUGCUUUAGUACAUGCAAAGGAUAGGAAAUGGACUCGAUUUGAUGCAGAACAACCUCCAUCGCCUCCCGAUAACUCUGUCGAGAGCCAUUCGGGUGUGUCCCAACUGCAUGAACAAGUACAGGAUGAGGCUUCGAUUGGUCUUCUUUUGAACUUGUCAUCUACUAAGAAAAAAGAAGAAUCCUCUGAAAUCUUGCUGGGAGAAGACUUGAAAUCGGAUUAGAAGGAGAGGUCCUUGGUGUUACUUUUUAGAAGAAUGGGAAUGAAAUACACGCUUGUAUAGAAAAUUAUAAGUUUAGGAUUCUGCAAGGUAAUUGGAACCCUCCAUUGAGCAGGAUGGGUCGUUCUAAAGGCAAUUUUAGCAAGUAUUGAUUCAGAAUGACUUUGUUGGCAAUGUGGAACAGAUGACUAAUAAUCGUAAUUGAUGAUCAAAUGAUGUAUCUCAAGACAAAUUAUGAGUGGAGUUUCUUGGUUCUUUUUCCCCAAUCA